GUCACUCAAACAAGUCAAAAAUUGCUCGAAAAUCAUCGAAAAAUGGAACGUUGGCAGGGAAAAGUUGCUGUUGUCACGGGCGCCAGCACCGGAAUUGGCGCUGCAACAGCUUUGGAGCUCGUCAAAAGUGGCAUGAUUGUCAUCGGGAUGGCUCGUCGCUUGGACAAAGUUGAAAGUCUCAAAGCUGAACUCCCUGACGACAUGAAAUGCAAGUUGCAUUCACGUUUUAUCGACGUCACCGAUGAGGAAAGUAUCAAAAUGGCCUUCAAUUGGAUCGAAAAAGAGUUUGGAGGAGUCGAUGUUAUCGUAAAUAAUGCGGGAACUAUCAAAGCGGGACGUUUCAGUGACGCCAACAAUUCGGAUGCAGUUAAAACUAACAUCAACACGAAUUUCACAGGAGUUGUUUUGUGCACACGCGAAGUCUUGUUAUCACUUGAGAAACGAAAUGUUGACGGGCAUAUCAUCAACAUCAACAGCGUUUGGGGUCAUUAUUCGCCAACAAAAGAGGAAAUCGCUCCCGUUCACAACGUUUAUUCUGCAACGAAAUUCGCCAUAACUGGAUUCAGUGAAACUUUGCGACAAGAAUUGGAUUAUUUGAAUCGCAAAACGAAGGUUACGAGCAUCUCGCCGGGCGCUACAGGCACUGAUCGACUCAAAACUCACUUGCCCGCGGAGAAAAUCGCGAAUGCACUUCGCCCAGAAGACAUUGCAUCAGCUAUAAAAUACGCUCUGAGCACGCCGCCAAAGGUACAAGUCACGGAAUUAACUGUUACUCCAGUCGGGUCUUUGUAAAAAUCGAAAAAAUUGACAAUAAAAUGGACUUACCUUCAAUUCGACGGC